AUGCCUUUAAAAACUGCUUGGUCGACUCGUCGUGGUUUGGCUGGAGAGGCGAUGACCCCUCGAAGAGGAGCAACGCCUAGUAGUAGGCUUCGACCGAGGUUAUCAUCCGGCGGUGACGACUCUGACGGGUGCACCGACGACAUUGGCGACCAACCGGGUGUUAACAGUGUUGUGAAGGUUUUUUGCACGCACUCUGAGCCCAACUAUUCGGCGCCGUGGAGUUCCAAGCCCCAGGUCUCCAGCACGUCGACUGCAUUUGCGUUCACCGCAGAUGGCUGUGGUGACACAUCUCGAGGGUUGCUGCUCACUAAUGCCCAUAGCGUUAAGCAUGCUGCUGUUAUUCAAGUGAAACCCCGUGGUAGUUCAGCCAAGGUCGUCUGCAGAGCUCUUUGUGUGGCAUCUGAGUGCGAUCUGGCUAUUUUGGAACCUGUUUUCGAGGAGUUCUGGAGUACUUUGGAGCCGCUAAAGUUAGCGAGAAAGCUACCGAAGCUUGGUGAUGAUGUUACGGUGGUUGGAUACCCUGUAGGAGGAGACAACACCUCUGUUUCGCAAGGUGUGGUGAGCCGUAUAGACUUGCAAGAGUACACUGCUCAUGGUUCGCCUGGAGCUCCUAGACUACUUGCGAUACAGAUUGAUGCUGCGAUUAACCCAGGAAACAGCGGCGGCCCAGCGGUGGACAACAACGGACGGUGCAUCGGAGUAGCGUUUCAAGCCUUGAGAGGUGAAGGAACCGAGAAUAUCAGUUAUAUAAUACCAACUGAGAUUGUCAGACACCUUCUGGAGGACUUUUACAAGAAUGGCAGAUAUACUGGAUUUGGUGAUGGUGGCUUCGUAGUGCAGCCAUUGGAGUCGGCAUAUAUCCGUAAGGAACUCGGCAUGCCUCCUAACUUGACUGGUGUACGAGUUCGUCGUAUAGAGGCAGCAACGUCAGCAGCUAGUGUGUUGAAGGUUGGUGAUGUCGUGACCAGUAUAGGAGAACACAACAUUGCCAACGAUGGGACUGUUCCUUUUAGACAGGGCGAACGAAUUCCUUUUAUCUACUUGUUGCAAAGACAUUUUGUUGGUGAUACUAUAUCGAUUGGAAUAUUCAGGGACCACAAAAACGAAGUGUUCAACUUGAAACUGAGCAAAAUUGACCCUCUUGUGCCGGUGGAACCAAGAUUCGGCCCUGAUAUCUCAUCGUUGCUGGUUUGGUGUUUUUGCCUCUGA